CCAACAUGCGACAGAAACACCACAGAAGAAGACGUCAGCGGCCGGUCGCGUCUGAACACACCGAUGAUCAACCAGCGGAUCCUUCAGCGUGCUGUCCCCGGAGAAGUCGGAUCAAAGUGACGUGACACAGGAAGACAUCAACAUCCGGGUCCUCAAUGGCUGCUCCAACAUUACAGCAGCCCAGCUUCUUCCUGGCCAAUCUCAAAGCCGACUCCACCACCAAACCUCUCCUCCAGCGAUGCCAGGACCUGGUGAAGUUCAUCGAUGAAUAUCCUGCAAAGGAGCUGCAUGUGAUUUUCCCCUGGCUGGUGGAGACCGUGUUUGGCAGUCUGGACGGCAUCCUCGUCGGCUGGAACCUUCGACUGCUGCAUUCACGGAGCAAUGAGUACAACAUCGUCCUGGAGUUUCUAAACCCGAGCGGGCCGAUGAUGAAGCUCGUGUACAAACUUCAAGCAGAGGAGUACAAAUAUGAAAUACCUGUCAAUUAUCUUCCGGGUCCUGUGAAGGCCUGCAUCCAGGAGGGCGUCCUCCCAGAAUGCCCUCUGUUCCACAACAAGCUGCAGUUCCCGCUCUCCGGUCUGCUGACUCUGAACCUCGCUCUCAAUCCUUUUGAAUUCUUCAUGUUUAACUUUGCCUCCUGUCUCAUCACGCCAAAGAGCUACCCACCAGGCUAUCAUGGGAGCUCCACUGACAGUGCCUACUUUGUGCUCGUGGACAUGUACCUCAAAUACUUCCUCCCGACUGAAGGAAGUGUUCCUCCUUCGCCUUUCUCCGACUCCAGAGGCUCCGUCACUGCACCUUCACCCAGAUCUUCCAGCGUUUCCUUUGCUGGUUACGGCGUUCACAGCCCGAGUCUCCUGAAACAUCACAUAUUCCAUCAGCCGUCAGUGAACGCAGAUCCAGUGGCCCAGGAGAUCUGGAGGUCGGAGACGCUGCUACAGAUGUUUGUGGAGAUCUGGCUCCAUCACUACUCCUUAGAGAUGUACCAGAAGCUUCAGUCUCCUCAGGUAAAGCUGGCGCUGCUGCAGUACCGCCUCAGUAUGUCCAGCAUGCCGUGCCAACCCUUCGCCCCACCAGGCUCUGGGACCCUCCACACCUACCAAGAGCCGUUCAGCCCGACGGAGGAGCACGUCCUGGUGGUGCGUCUGCUGGUCAAACACCUCCACGCCUUCUCCAACAGCCUGAAGCCCGAGCAGCUGUCCUCCUCACCCUCGGCCCACUCCCACACUCACACCAGCCCGCUGGAGGAGUUCAAGAGAGUGGUGGUGCAGCGUUUCGUUCAACAGAAACUCUACCUGUUUCUCCAGCAUUGCUUCGGUCACUGGCCUCUGGACGCCUCCUUCAGAGCGGUGUUGGAGACGUGGCUGAGCUACAUCCAGCCGUGGAGAUACACGGGAGAGAAGACCAACCCUCAGCCAGACCAGAACAGAACAGUUCCUGACAAGUGGGAGUCGUUUGUUCAGGAGAACCUGCUGAUGUACACGAAGCUCUUCCAGGUGUUGCUGAACAGAGCCGUGAGGACGGAUCUGGUUAACGCCAAAAACGCACUGAUGGUCUUCAGGGUGGCCAAAGUCUUCAGUCAGCCAAACCUCGCCGAGAUGAUCCAGAAAGGAGAGCAGCUGUUUCUGGAGCCGGAGCACGUCCUCCACCACCGUCAGCCCCGCGGAUACCUGACGCCCAGCCAAGGCGGCAGCUUCCUGUCGUCACGGCAACGGGUGGUGACCGACAUGGUGUUCAGGGUGAAGAGCCACGUCUACGCUCUGGAAGGCCAGGACUGCCAGUACAAACAGAUGUUUGGCUCCGAGCUCAGAGGAGCAGUCAUGAAGUUGAUCCAGAUAAUUGCACAAGCCCGACAGACGGCCAAGAGGAUAUCGGAUCACUCCAGCGAGGUGGCGGCCAACAGCUCCUUCCUGUCCUGGUUCGGGAUGAGCUCUCCUGAUCUCAACAACACCUUCACCGGGGCCGAGCCCGAGGAGUGUUUGAAAAAGACCCACGAGUUACUGGACAGAGCUCUGGAGAACCUGUGUCAGAUCUUCAAGCUGAACCAGGGUCAGCUGGCUCAGCUCAUAUCCAACCUGGGAUCUUCUCAGGACGACGGAAACUGCAAGCAGCUGCCGGACUGCAUCCAGGGAGAGAACGGACUCAUUCUGACGGACCUGGGCAGGAAGCAGAUCAUAAGCGGACUUCGCAGGUUUGACAUUCAGUACCAAGGAGACCCGGAGCUGCAGCCCAUUAGGAGCUAUGAGAACGCCCUGCUGGUCAGGCUGUUCUACAGGAUCUCCUCUCUGCUUAACGACAGGUUCGGAGGGCACAUGAACGCGCUCUGCUCUCGUCCGGACUUCCUGGGUCGCCUCGGUCGUCACUACUUUUCGGAUCCCGACUCCUCCUCGUCCUCCAGGAAACCCAAGCAGAGCCCGAUGUCGCGGCGGCCGUCGGAGAGGACGCGGCAGGCGAGGCUGAGUCUGCGUCCGCUGGCGAGCUACAGGACGCUGCUGCUGCUGCUGCUCUGCUACGUGUUGGGAGCCGCCAUGGCGUUCGGCCCCGUGUCCAGCACCCUGCUCAUCCUCACCGGGGGCUUCCUGUACGGACUCUUCAUGACGCUGUUUGGAGACAAGCUGAAAACACACUAACCGAGACAACGAGCGCCUCCUACAAACAUCUGGAACAAAACAAACUUUAACAUGCACAUAAUGAGUCCAGCUUUGAAUGAUUUGCAAAACAAAAGUGUGAAAACUAAAGGAAGUAUUGAGUGGUCCAAAGGUGAAUAAUGUAUGUUGUUAAAGAUUAUUUUCAUAAUCCAUUAAUCUGCCAAUUAUUCAUCAUUUUAUUAUCAGAAACCAUAAAAAAAAUGAAAGACGAGGAAAACGGACAACUUUCAUAUUUUUAGAAGCUUAAACUUUAAAAAUAUUUGUAUCUUUUACUUUAAAGUAAUUUAAAUGAUUAAUCGAUUAUCAAAAUAGUUGCCAGUAAAGUUUCAAUUGAUCGACUAAUUGAUUAACUGACUAAUCUUACUCUGACUAUCUUGUUGCCACCUGCUUCAGAGAGGUCAAAGGUCAGAGUGGAUGUUAAUGAGGAAUAACCCUGUUAUUCUCAUGAGGUCUGAUCCUGAACACUGAACCGACUCCUCAGACAUCAGGACUCUAAAAGGAUUGUGAGGCGUGAAGGAACCCUGGCGGCAGAAGACUGGCAGCUCCGUUUGUUCUCGCUUUUGAUUUUAUGUGUUUCAUCAUUAAACCCUGUAAAUAAAUACAGAGACGAAAGUUUGUUUGUCUUUCAAAAAGCAUCUGAAAAACAAGAUGCAGGCCAAAAUAUUAAAUGUAAUGAAACUGACUUUUUUUCUCAGUGAGAGCAGGAUGCUUUUUUUUUUUGUCCCAAAAGACUCAAUAAACUGUUUGCACUUG